GGGCGGGCGACGACGCGCCGUGCUCGGAGCAGGGGCCGGACAUGGCGGCGCGGCCCGGCCCAAGGGAAGAUGAAUAAGGGCUGGUUGGAGCUGGAGAGCGAUCCCGGUCUCUUCACACUCCUGGUUGAAGAUUUUGGGGUCAAGGGAGUGCAGGUUGAAGAGAUUUAUGAUCUGCAGAGCAAAUGCCAAGGCCCUGUCUAUGGGUUCAUCUUCCUGUUCAAGUGGAUUGAGGAGCGCAGGUCACGCCGCAAAGUCUCUACCCUGGUGGAUGAGACAUCGGUGAUUGAUGAUGACAUCGUUAAUAACAUGUUCUUUGCUCACCAGCUGAUCCCCAAUUCCUGUGCCACCCAUGCCCUGCUGAGUGUCCUCCUGAACUGCAACAAUGUUGACCUGGGCCCCACGCUGAGCCGCAUGAAGGAUUUCACCAAAGGAUUUAGCCCUGAGAGCAAAGGCUAUGCCAUCGGCAAUGCCCCAGAGCUGGCCAAGGCCCACAAUAGCCAUGCCAGGCCAGAGCCACGACACUUGCCAGAGAAGCAGAAUGGAAUCAGCACUGUACGAACCAUGGAGGCUUUCCACUUUGUUAGUUAUGUCCCCAUCAAGGGACGGCUGUUUGAGCUGGAUGGGCUGAAGGUCUAUCCCAUUGACCAUGGGCCGUGGGCUGAUGAUGAGGAAUGGACAGACAAAGCCAGGAGAGUAAUCAUGGAACGCAUCGGCCUGGCCACUGCAGGGGAGCCCUACCACGACAUCCGCUUCAACCUGAUGGCCGUGGUGCCUGAUCGGAGGAUGAAGUACGAGUCCAAACUCCACAUCCUGAAGAUGAACCGCCAGACUGUGCUGGAGGCCUUGCAGCAGCUUAUCCGAGUAACUCAGCCUGAGCUGAUCCAGACCCAGAAGUCUCAGGACUCUCAGCCUCCUGAAGAGGUGAAGCCAGCCAGCAGCAAGACUCUGACCCUGGAGAGCACCCAUACAGAUGGCACCGAUGAGCCUGCCACCCAGGGCCAGCUUGCGGCCAUGCAGAGCCCACCCACCAAAUCCAAACCAGUGGCAAAGGCAUCAGCGAGCAGCAUCAAUGGGGCACCUCCAGGAAAUCCCAACCCCAUCGUGCAGAGGUUGCCAGCCUUCCUGGACAACCACAACUAUGCCAAGUCCCCCAUGCAGGAGGAGGAGGACCUUGCAGCAGGAGUGGGUCGCAGCCGGGUCCCAGUCCGACAGCACCAGCAGUACUCUGAUGAUGAGGAUGACUACGACGAUGAUGAUGAGGAGGACGUUCGUAACACCAACUCAGCCAUCAGGUACAAAAGGAAAGGGCAGGUGAAGCAGGAGCACGUGGCAGGGGCUGUGGAUGGCCAGCUCUCCGUCCUCCAGCCCAACACCAUCAACGUCCUGGCUGAGAAGCUGAAAGAGUCUCAGAAGGAUCUUUCCAUUCCCCUGUCCAUCAAGACGACUGGCGGGGGUACUGCUGUGGCAGUGGUCACCCACUCCCAGCCCUCUCCUACCCCCAGCAAUGAGAGCACAGACACGGCCUCAGAGAUCGGCAGUGCCUUCAACUCCCCACUGCGUUCCCCCAUCCGCUCGGCCAACCCCACACGCCCCUCCAGCCCCGUCACCUCCCACAUCUCCAAGGUGCUCUUUGGUGAGGAGGAUGGGCUGCUGCGGGUGGACUGCAUGCGCUACAACCGCGCUGUCAGGGACCUGGGGCCUGUCAUCAGCACUGGGCUGCUGCACCUCACAGAGGACGGUGUGUUCUGCCCGCUGGCUGUUGCAGAUGGGAAAAGCUCCCCACCUUCCAUCAAACCCAGUGACGAGGCCCCGAUCACAAUCAAACUGGACGAGAAGGAGGGCAGUGAGGCCAGUGACAGCAAAGAGAAGGUGGGACUUGGCAGGACCAGUGAUCACCCUGGGGGGGAAAAGUAUUCUCCCAAGGUGAGUUGUGUGCUGCAGCAGCCCAUGGGACAUGGAGCCGCAGCAGCGCUGGCAGUGACCGAACCGCAUGUGCACGCUGUCCCGCUCGCGUCGCCGCAGACACGCCUCGAGGUGCAGGGCAGAGCAGGUUCUGGGCCUUGUGUCACCGGGGGGAUGCUUCCCUCAGCGAGUGGGCAGAGCUGCUGCCUCCUGCAGCCGACAUGUCCAGGGUGCUGUGCUCUCCUUGCACCCCCAAGCCCCAGCCUGCUGGGAACUUCGCUGCUUGUCUGUGCCCUCCAGCUCAGAGCUCGGGCAGCGCAAGUGCAUCAGGGGCUCUCUGGAGGAGAGCUGUUUUACUCAAAGGGAAGUUUGCAGCCUCAGUGCUGGCUGAUUGAUCACCCUGACUCAGAAACUCACUACAAUGAGUUGGUCUCUGGUUUCUCCCCCUUCCCUCGCAAGUAUUUUUUGGUUUUGAUGAAUCCUCCCUUUCCCAGUGCAGAGAGGAACAUCUGCCAGCUCACCCGCUGGCUCCUGGGCUGCAGCAGGGCUCCCCCUGCUCACCUGUGCUCUGCUUGGUCCUGGCAGGAGCUGCUGGCACUGCUGAAGUGUGUGGAGGCAGAGAUUGCAAACUAUGAGGCCUGCCUGAAGGAAGAGGUGGAGAAGAGGAAGAAGUUCAAGAUUGAUGACCAGAGGAGAACCCACAACUACGAUGAGUUCAUCUGUACCUUUAUCUCCAUGCUGGCCCAGGAAGGCAUGCUGGCAAGCCUGGUGGAGCAGAACAUCUCCGUGCGCCGGCGGCAGGGGGUCAGCAUUGGCCGCCUGCACAAGCAGAGGAAGCCAGACCGACGGAAACGCUCUCGCCCCUAUAAAGCCAAACGCCAGUAGCUGAGGAGCCAGGACUGGGAGAAGCAGCUGCUGGGCCUUGUGCCUUUGGGCAGCGGCACUUGGAUCUACAUUCCCUCUGCCCAAGGAAUGGGAUCACAGCCACAAGCCCUCAGCUGAGGUGGAGCCUGGGGCCAGAGAGAAAUCAGGUUUUCCUCUGAGCCCGAGUUGUGAAGGGCAGGAACACACAGUGCUGAGGGGAGGCCUGCAGCCCCCAGCCAGCUGGAGCACACAGCUCCCUGACUGUGUCACGGCAGCACCCACACGCCCUGGGCCUGUAUCUCAGCACCGUGGCUGAGGACUGUGGCAGGAGGGGAAGUGGCUGGUCUGGCAUUGUGGGAAUGCCAGCAACGCCACUGCGAGCCUGAGCUGGCCACAGGGGGCUGUGGCUUGUGUCCUGCAUCAGGCCUUCAACUCUCUGCUUCCCCAGGACAUUCAUGUCUCUGUUUUCUGAUCCUCUCCCUCCCUUCCCCAGAGUUUUGAUUCUGACCCACACUUUUGGCCGUUGCUGAGCAAGGUGGCUCCUGGACAGAGCCCAUUCUCCUGCCCCAUUCCCAGAGCUGGCCCAUGUGCGGCCGGGCUGCUCUUGCCUUGCCCUGUCCCCUCAUCACUGUGGAUACACAACCACCUGCCAGUGCAACCAGGCUCCUGGCGUCCUGGGCAGCUCUAGUGAGGUGGGGUGGGCUCAUCCCUGGAGCUGGGCCUUGGCCCCAGCACUCUGUGUGGCUCUGCUGCCAUUGCUGCUCUCCUGGCACCCAGUUCUGUGGGUCACACAGGAUUGCUCCAGGCCCUGUCCUCAGAGAAACCCUGUGAAUUAUAAACCAAGUUCACGGGGUGUCUUUGGUGCUGCUGGGCACAGCGCCGGGGGAGAUGCUGCAUGUGGAGUCCCUUGGUGGCCUUGGCAAAGCCUUUCAGUAUGGGGAGAGGCAGCUGGUUACUGCAAUGCAGAGACCUUGCAAGCCAGAGGUCAGCACCUCUGGAGGUGUCCUGAGGUACAGCUGGGCUGAGGGGAGCUGCCACUGAGAGGACUCAGAUUUGCAGAUCUGCAGAUUUGUACAGAUCUUGACUAUGGAAUGAAACAGUUCUUUUGGUAUUUGUUGAAGGGAAGAAGAUCCUUCUGUCUCUUGCUGUGUCUAAUAUCAAGUGCUGUAGAAAAUGGAUCUGUCGGAAGGAAUAAAGCUAUCCUGUAACAGCCA